AUGGCAGAGAUUCUUGGGGUCGCGGCGUCGGCGAGCCAGCUUGGUGUUGCAUGCUUUUCUCUGAUAGACGUUGUGAGAAAGAUAAAAGGAGGAGCGUCGACGCUGAAACGAUAUCAUGAGCAGCUCCAAGAACUUCAGAGCCUUUCUACUAGCAUCUCUGAGAACCCCCUUCUUCAGACCCCUGAGAUUGGGACGCAGACUGAUGCCCUUCUAUUUACCAUCAACAACAACUGUUUGAACUCGUUACUUCGCAAAAGCAGAGUCCUUCGAACCUGGGGCUUCUUGUACAGAGAGCAAGAUCUUCUUGAUAUCUUUGUUAGACUUGAGAGACAGAAAAGCAACCUGUCUCUGGCUAUCGAGCAGAUACAAUCCAGAGCUUUGUAUCAAAUACAGACAGACAUCCAAGUCAUGUCUGAAAAGAAGUCGUCGGGCCUUCCGGCUCCUGAGCCAACUUCCACAAACUUUCCGGCUCCGUUGGUUCUGGGCGAAUACACAGUCUUCCCCUAUAACCCAAACACUCCAGGCCCUGCACCAGACGUUCAUUCUUACAACCUUUUCAUCAGCUCGCUCUUAUCCUCCAACAUGUCUACAACCGUCUUUCCGAACCAGCCUCCUCCUUCCCACGGUGACGCUUCGACCCCAAGCCUGAAUGAUCCAACCACUUCCAAGCCUAUGCGACCUAACGAGCGAAUGCCUGAACCCAACAGCCAGACUUACAACAAGGCGUUCGCAGCUUCUGGAUUCAAUCAAAGAAAUGGAAGAGUAUUUGAAGUCGAUGAUGCGAUGGCUGCAAAGCUAUCCAUGAAUAAUCCACGUCAAACGAACCCCCUAGUCUACAACAACUCGACCAAGCUUGGAUAUGGUGACCAACACAAUGGAAAUGUUAUUGAGAUUGACAGUGGUACUGACUUCGUCAUGCCUGAUGUGAGCGGCGACACUUGGAACAGUCCGAUGGCAUUGUUCUGGCAUUCUGCUGGCUCAGGACCUGUCAUCUAUGGAACUCAGCACAAUGGGCCGAUUAUCCGAACCAAGAAGACGAGCAUGGAGAAAAAGUAG